UUUUAGACACCAUCUAACGUUUUCCCUUUAGAGUUGUCGAGUCUCGCAAAGAUGGAGUAGAACGCUAUGUUCUAUACCCGUGGCGUGCAGUGGCACUGACGGGUCAUUUCGUUCCGACAUUUCAUCUCUCGUGAGGUAAUAUAACAUUAUAAUAUAAUGUAAAAUCAAAAAAUAUUUCAAGCUUUAUCAACUAGCUAGUGUCUAUAAAUUGUUUUAUAGAAAUAUUAACAUAGGUAUACGUGACUACGUCAGGCAAUCAAAAAUUCUUACCAUCAGAAAAAAGUAUCUAAACAUGUGUCGAUGUGAAUUAUAAAGUGGCAAACCGAAACUUAAUAUUCUCCCCUCUCACCGUGGAAUUCUAUUCAGUUUCUUUUUAAAUUUAACAAUAUCUAAAUGAUGCUGGAACCCUGUCAUCUUCAGCCGAAUGUUCACUAAGCCGAUCAUCUAACUUCAAAUACCUCAACACAGCAAAACUUUGUAAAAAUGUGUAAAAUAUAAGCAAAUUUUCAUUCAAAGAUUUCAUUAUAAUCUCUCAAUAUUUUAUAUGAUUAGAAGAUGUCGUCGUGUUUGACACGCCUAAAGUUUGAUAUUUUAUGAAAAAUACAUCAAAGUAUCAUAUAUCACCAAAACGGUUUAGUCAAUACUCGACCAAAAGGAUAAGCAGCUUUACUCAAAAUCCUAUCAUAUAAUCAAAGUUUAUAGUCAUGACAGACUUUAAAACCAAAUAUCCUGUUAACUUGUGGAAAGAUCACGGGAUCUACACCGAUGAUUACAUUAAACUAAUCAACAGCCAUUGGUUAAAAUUUAUGCCUCCUCAUCCAACGUCACAUUAUGUUCUCGGAGUUCUGUACACAGUCAUUAUGAUGUUUGGCUGCACCGGAAACUCUCUGGUGAUUUUCAUGUACUUUAAAUGUAAAUCUUUACAAACGCCGGCAAACAUGCUAAUAAUUAAUUUAGCCAUUAGCGAUUUUAUUAUGUUAGCGAAAGCCUCGAUUUUUAUCUACAACAGUUAUUAUCUGGGCCCUGCGCUAGGAAAAUUGGGAUGUCAGAUAUGCGGAUUUCUCGGUGGCUUGACCGGAACCGUGUCCAUCAUGACGUUGGCGGCCAUAUCUUUGGAUCGUUAUUAUGUUAUAGUGCGUCCUCUGAAAGCAACUGUGAAAACCACUAAACAAAGAGCGAGGAUAUGGAUAGGAAUAAUAUGGAUUUGUGGAUUUUCGUUCUCUAUUGUACCAGUGCUGGAUCUGGGGUACAGUCGAUAUGUGUCGGAAGGAUACCUGACGAGUUGCAGCUUCGACUAUUUGUCAAAUGACGACAGAGACAAACAUUUUAUCCUAGUAUUCUUUAUAGCAGCAUGGUGCAUACCGUUCACAUUAAUACUGUAUUGUUACGUAAGGAUUCUAAUGGCGGUGUGGAUGACCACCGAAAUAGUCACCAGCAGGGUUGGCCAACAAGAGGAGAAGAGAAAAACGGAUAUACGAUUGGGAUACAUGGUGAUCGGGGCUCUCAUGUUAUGGUUCGUGUCAUGGACGCCAUACGCCGUGGUGGCCCUGUUAGGUGUAUUCGACCUAAAGGAAUACAUUUCACCGCUGGGUUCCAUGAUUCCGGCACUGUUUUGCAAGGCGGCUAGUUGUACGGAUCCGUGGUUUUACGCCAUUACGCACCCAAGAUUCAAAAAGGAACUUAUGAAGCUAUUGACAAAAAGCAAUACCAGAAAGUUAGUCCGAAAUUAUUGCAUAAAAAAGGGACGGGUCGGGUCGCAUUUGAACGAAAACGGUAAUAUUACCUUCGAAAACCGUUUUAAAACCGAAUACAAGGAAGUAAAAAAAACGAUAUUUGUGCUCGAAUCUUAUGACAACAACGUGCAUUGUCGGGAGUCCACUUUCGGUCAAAAGACUGAAUCAAUCAAUGAGUCGGUGACCAAGUUCCCUGGAAGUACCAACCAAGAGAGUUUCAAAUACAUGCUUUCAAGCUGAUACAAAUAAGAAAAAUUUCUCAGGGUCGCGCCGCAUGAAUAAGACAUCGAGGAACUUAAUAUUAAAAAUUCUACUAGCAAGUAUAAGCAGAAAAAGCAAAAACAAUAAUAGCUAAGUAAAAAGUCAAAAAUCAAAGCAAAAUAAAUAAUUUUCAUAUACAAAUACACACCAUAAUUAUUUACAUAUAUAAUAACGAAAGAUACUACCUAAC